AUGUCGGCCCCGGACAUCAUUGUUGGCGACUUCUACCCCCACAUACGGGACGCCAUCCUCUCCCACCUAUUCAACUGUGACCUCUACAGUCUUCGAGCGACAUGUACGGCUCUUCGGGACGCCGUCGACCCUCUCACACUCGACACCCUCGUGAUCACGGGUCACCCCUAUCAUCCGAAGAUGCAGGUUUGCUGUCUUCACGGCAGGUCACCGGCGCUGUCUCCCUUCUUCGAUCCCUACUUCAAGAACGCCUCAGAUGCCACACUCCAGAGGUACCGCAUGCUCUUCUCUCGCGUCCGUGAGGUGGAAAUUCGGAGCAACCUCUACCACCAUUUCCGCCAUUGGUAUUUCGUCGACGAUGAUCCAGAUCCGUUUGCUCCAGGGACCACCCUGGGAGUGGUGCUUGGUACGAUCCCUCACAACAUCCGUCGCGUUCAGUACACUCUUGUGAAUGUGGAAUCCCUCAAGUUGUUUCGGGCGGGCGAGGGAGUCCCCGCUGAAGACAUUGUCCCGGCAUUCAAACACGCCAUUAACAGCGAAAUUCGCCUCGUUCACCCUAGCAUGUCUGAAAAGGAGGUGGACGAGAUGAUGGACAAGAUCGAGUUCAUGACCAAAGAGGAUUACAUUGCACGCGAGGGCAGCGACCAGUUAUGA